UUGAAAUGUCAUUUUCCUUUUCUUUCUGAUCCCAUGUGAGGCUAUCUCGAAGGACGAGUCCCUCCAACCAUAAGCCAGUCAGACAGAUUCAUUGCUCAAACACACACACACUCUCUCACUUCAAACUUCUCUUUGUUAUUUUCUAGCUCAUUGUUUUUAAGCAUCCCCACAAAGUGGUUUUUGGUUUAGUGGAUCUUUCUUUCACUUUGAAGAUAAUGAUGGGGUUAAAGGAUAAAGCUAAAAGCUUAAGCUUAUGAUUUGCAAGUGUUGCUUCCAAGAGAGAAAAAGGAGCUUUUUUUUGUUGGCCCUUUUAGAAGAUUGGUGUUUUGAAAGGCUUAAGCUUAUUGUAUUGGUUUACAUUGAAAUUGAAUUCUAGUCAAAAGGAAUAUCCAGAUUUGCAUGCUUGAGUUCAAAAUUUGAUCCUAGAGGGUUCAGAUUUAGACAAAGUAAAUUACCAAGUAAGCUUUUUCAUUUACUCUUGAAUAUGUGUAAUUCUCAUUGUUAAAAUUUGGUUGUAAUUAUUCUUUUUUGGUAUUCAAUUGGUCAAUUAGUUAUGACUAUCUAGAUUAGAUGUUAAUUAUUUUGGCCACUGAACAUUGUUUUAUGUCAUAAUAAUCUGGUGUUCCACUGAAAGAUAAGUAAAGUCUGACCAAAGAUUGUUUCAGUUAAGAUUCGAAAUCAAAGUUUUAAGUUUGAUUUGUGAACAAAGAUGAAAUCACUAAGUAGUGUAGGACUUGGUUUAAGCAUUGUUUUUGGUUGCCUUUUAUUGGCUUUAGUAGCUGAAGUUUACUACUUGUUAUGGUGGAAGAAGAAAAUAAUCAAAAGAGAAAUUGAAAAUGACUAUGGCAAUGGCAACCCUUUGAAAGAGCUUUUCUAUAUGUUUUGUUGGAAAAGACCAUCAACUUCUUUGAGACAAACAGGUUUUACUCCACCGGAGCUUUGUUCAUCGAUGAGAAUAAAUGACAAUUUUGUCCAUGACCCUCAAGUACAGACCAGCAAAGAGUUUCUUUUCAAACCCUAUGGCGAAGAUGUAAUCGACGCAGAUUACAUGAUGCAACAUCAUCACGACGGCCUUUUAGGUCAUCCGAGAUUCUUGUUCACAAUAGUUGAAGAAUCAAAAGAGGAUUUAGAAUCUGAAGACGGUAAAUGUGGAAAGGAUUCAAGAGGUAGAAGCUUAGGUGAUCUGUUAGAUGUGGAAACACCUUAUUUGACACCUAUAGCAUCUCCACAUUUUUUCACUCCUAUGAAUUGUAGUCCUUAUUGUAGCCCUUAUAAUCAACAUGGAUUCAACCCUCUUUUUGAAUCAACAACUGAUGCAGAGUUCAAUAGAUUAAAGUCAUCGCCUCCUCCGAAAUUCAAGUUCUUACAAGAAGCAGAAGAGAAACUUAGAAGAAAAAUGCAAGAUGACAACAAGGGUAUUAAUGGAAAUGAAGUUGAUAAUUCUCUCAUUACAAUAAUUGUUGAUAAGAAAUAUGAAAGAGAGGUUAACCAUCAUCAAUGUCAUCUACAACAGUACCAUUCAAGCACAUCACAGGUACUUCCCUUAGCUUCCUGACACAAAUUACCAAUAAGAAGAAUUUGGAUCCGCUCGAGUUGAUGCACGAUGUUGUAGUUGUAGAGACCGUUAGAUUUAGAGAAAAUGUCAGCUAACACCGAAGUUCGAUCAAUCGAUUAAGAACCCCUUUAUUUUAUUUUUUCCUACAUUACUCUUUCUAAUUACAUUGUGAAGAAUUUCAAUUUGUUGUUUAGAAGUCUUGGAUUUUGUUUCUUACUUUUGAGUAAUUUGUGACUGUGAGAUGCAACUAUAGUUUAAUUUAAUCUGCCAAAUCACAUGUGAGAUGUACUCUCAAUGUUUCAAAAGAUAUGGAGACAAUAAUCUUUUAUUAGAAA